GAGGAGCUCAGCCCGGCCCAGCUCGGAGGUCAUGCCGCGGGGCCCCGGGGCGGCGGUGCGGCUGCUGGCGCUGCUGAUCUGUUUGAAUUAUGGACAUGGGCUGUACGUGAAGGUUUAUAAUCGAAAUGACAGGAGUGGCGUUUUGUCUCAUCCCAACAGCCUAGUCAGACAGAAGCGAGAAUGGACAGUCCCUCCAGCUUUCAUACGGGAAGAGGAGGACAAUUCCUAUAAGAAUCCAAUUGCUAGAAUACAUUCAGAUCUUGAAGAUACAGGAAUAGUAGUAACAUACACUAUAUCUGGUCAAGGAGUAACAGAACCCCCUUAUGGAUUAUUUGUUAUCAAUGGAAAGACUGGCGACCUGAACAUAACAGGAAGGGUGGACAGAGAAAAGACUCCAAUUCUUCUUGUCCGAGGCCACGCACUAGAUAAGAAUGGGGCAAAACUGGAAGAGCCAAUAGACCUCCCAAUUAAAGUUGUGGACAUAAAUGACAAUUUUCCAGUGUUUUCACAUGAAGUUUUUGUUGGUUCAGUAGAAGAAUUAAGCGAAGCAGGUACAAUUGUAAUGAGGAUAAAUGCAACAGAUGCAGAUGAACCAAAUAAUCUAAAUUCCAAAAUUGCUUUCAGGAUUGUUUCCCAAAGCCCUAGCGAUGCAUUCAGCAUGGAUAAGAAUACUGGCGAGGUUCGAGUAGCAAAAAUAAACCUUGACAGAGAGACACAAAGUAGCUAUUCUUUAGUGGUGGAAGCAAAGGACCGUGGUGGUGAAACAGGAGGGAAUGCUGCAACGUGUUCUUUAGAAAUCAAGAUUCUGGAUGUCAAUGACAAUCUACCCGUUGUUGAAAGUCAUACAUUUGAAGGAAGCAUUGAAGAAAACAGGGCAAAUGUGGAAAUUAUGCGGAUAAAAGUAUUUGACAGAGAUGAAGAGUUUUCUGAUAACUGGCUGGCAAACUUUACAUUUGUUUCUGGCAACGAAGGUGGUUUUUUCCAAAUUGUAACAGAUGCCCAGACAAAUGAAGGAAUUUUGACCGUUGUGAAGGAGCUGGAUUAUGAAAAAAUGCAAAGCCUAAACUUGGGUAUUGUUGUUACAAACAAAGCAGAGUUCCACAAGUCAAUUAAACACAGUUACAAAGCGAAAACAAUUCCGAUCAAAAUUAAGGUGAUCAAUGUGCAGGAAGGUCCUGUGUUCCCUGGUGGCACAAAAAUUAUUGAAGCAAGUGAGAAACUGCAGAUAAAACAAGUUAUUGGACAGUAUCAAGCCUAUGAUGAAGACACUGGAAAAAUAGCAGAGCGCAUUACCUACAUGAAAGGAAAAGAUGCGGCAAACUGGAUCACAGUAGACCCAGUGACAGGUGAAAUCCGACUUGCUAAAAAUCUUGAUUACGAAUCACCUCAUGUAGUAAACGGCACCUACACUAUCACCAUGUUGGGUGUAACUACUGAUUCCCCAAGGAAAACAGUCACUGGCACAGUCAUCAUUCAAGUUAAAGAUGAGAAUGAUAACUGCCCAGUUAUUGUGAACCCUGUGCAGACUGUGUGUUCAGAUGCAAAAUUAGUUGAUGUUACAGCUCAUGAUUUGGAUGGUUACCCAUACAGUUAUCCCUUCAGCUUUACUGUCAUUGAUGAGCCAGAAGGAACAGCAGCAAAAUGGAUAAUUGCCUCUGGAAAUGACACCAGCAUACAGCUGGUACCACAAAACCUGAAGCCAGGCAGAACUGAAGUUCCCAUGCUAAUAAAGGAUUUCCAAGGGGUCAGCUGUGCUCUGCCACAGACUCUGCAGCUGAGUGUUUGUGAGUGUGCAGAUGAUGGCGUGUGCCAGGAGAAGUUUGUUGGUGCGAAGUCAGUGGGUCUGGGACCAGCAGCGGUUGCACUCAUCAUCUUGGCAUUUUUACUUUUGCUGCUUGUUCCACUGUUACUGCUGCUGUGUCCUGGUGGCUUGGGAGCAAAGGGAUUUGGUGGAGCAAAGACGUUUGCUGAAAUACCAGACCACAGUGAAGCCAUGUUGCGUCAGUGGAACAGUGAAGGAGCAGCUCCUGAGGAGAAGCCAGUGCUAAGCUUCAUUCCACCCACUGCACUUGGGAACUUGAAAGGAGGAACAACAACAGCAGCAGCAGCAGCAGGAGGAAUGAGUGGAGAAGAAGCUCUAAUAGGAGCAGGCAGCUCUGCCUCUCACGUAGGAGAGCAUCACAACACUGUUACCAGGGAAAGAUGGGAAGAGCAAAGGCGUCUUCUUUCUGCUGCUGACUAUGGAGCCAUGGCAGCUGAAGGCAUGGCAGGUGUAGACGGCAAGGCAGUGGUGUCUGGAGGAGGAGUUGCUGUGGGAGCAGCAGGAGCCAUGAAUGAAGAAUUCUUAAGAGACUACUUCAAUGAUAAAGCUGUCUCUUUUGCCGAUGAAGAUGAAGAGCAAGCUGCAAAAGACUGUCUCCUGGUUUAUUCCCAGGGAGAAUCAGGCUCCCCUCAUGGCUCCGUUGGCUGCUGCAGCUUUAUUGAGGGGGAUCUUGAUGACCAUUUUCUUGAUGAUUUAGGAGACAAGUUUAAGACUCUAGCAGAAAUAUGUAUAGGUAGACAGAUCAACAUGAAAGACGGUGGCUACAAGAAUGAAUCUGGUUUUGGUCUUAGUGAAGCAAAGUCAGAGUUCUUAGAUCAGCAAAAUGUUUCCACCUCUGAACAAGCCUUUGCCUCAGGCAGUGGCUUCCAGUCCAUCCACACAGGCAGUGGCACAAGAGAAAGCACCCUGUCCAAGGAGGUGGUCACAGAAACAACCUUUUCAUCAGCCCCUUCUGGGCAGCACAAUGCCCGGCAUCCCCCCACAUGCCACGCAGAGAGCAGUGUCACCAUGACGGAAACAUCCUAUUCUGUGGGGGCUCCUGCCCGCUCAGCCCCUCUCUUUUUAGAUCCUCAGAUUAAGGAGAACGUAGUGGUGACAGAGAGAGUGCUGGCACCUGCAUCAAGCAUUCAGGGGAUGGUGAAAAUCCCUGAUCUGCCACACGGAGGUAACGUGGUGGUUACAGAAAGGAUGGUGAAGUCGGCAGGUGCAGGGCCAGGAGCCCUGACAGUUCAGGAUCUCCCUGACUCACAGUAUGUCGUGGUGAGGGAGCGAGAGAGGGUGCUUGUGCCUGCUGCUGCAGAGCAGGGCUCACUUAGCUUCCCUGCUUCGACAGAGGAACGCAGCACGGUGCUGAAUGAAAGGGUGGUGACAGCCUUGGGGCUGCAGAGCAGAGCUGAGCAGGCACCAGGUGCCAGCUCAGGAAGGCAAGAGCUUGCUCUAAUCACAGACUCCCCACUUAACCUGAUGGGCUCUGACUUACAAGGGACUCCUGCCAGUGCCACACUGAGCAAGUCUUCCAGGGUCACCAAACACAGCACAGUGCAGUACACUCGCUCAUAGCCUGGCUCCUUGCUGGGAUGGCAGUGUCUAGCACCCUUCUGUCUGUAUGCAUCCUGCCUCGGCCUUUUCCAUGAGAUCCAAAUUUGCUGGAGCUUCCAGAAUGACAAAUGUAUUCAUUUGCACUAGUUUGUAUAAAUAUGGAUUAUAUGACCAGGAAGCAAGUAAGGAAAUCUGGUGUUAAGUUAUAUUGGCAGGGAUGCUUUUGAAGUGGAAAGAUGUGGGAAAUACUUUUUUUUUUGUUACUGCUUUUUAUUGUACAGAUAGUGUAAGAAUACCACAUAACCAGAGCUGCAUAAUUUUGGGAAAACAGGAAAAAAGUCUCCAAUCUAGUGAUGGAUAGCAACCUGCAAAGCACAAGUAAAGUUUUUGAACUGCUA